CGGGAGGCUACUGCCGCCUGCGCCGAGCGCUCUCCCCGCCAAGAUGGCGGCCCCCACCCCCUGACCCCGGCGCUUCCUCUUCCGGCCGGGGUUGCCAUGGCGCUGCCCCUCGUGCCCCUCCCGCCGGUGUGUGUUUACAUCGGGCAGGAGGAGCCGGAGCCCCAGCGCCGGCCCAGCCGGGGACCCAGUCGCCGCCGCCGCCGCCGCCCGCUCUCCGUCCUCACCGGGCCGCGCUCCGGCAGCCCCGGCAUGAAGGGACCUAGCUUAGAAAUGCAGAUGGUGGAAGAUGAAGCUGAGACAACCAGUGAAGAACUGCCCCCUCAUCUGCAGGAAGAGCCUCCUGAAGAUGCCAGCAAGGACCAUCCACAGCAGCAGGCAGGGGUGAUCUGGAGAGUGACGGGUGGCUUGUUCAGUAUCACCCGGGGAGCUGUGGGGGCCACACUGGGAGGAGUUGCCUGGGUGGGCAGCAAGAGCCUGGAGCUCACCAAAACAGCUGUGACCAGUGUCCCCGCUGCUGGCGUUGGACUGGUGAAGGGCAGCGUCUCAGCAGUGACCGGCGGUGUUGGAGCCGUAAGCAGCGCAGUCGCCAGCAAAGUCCCUUUCACCGCAAAGAAGAAGGACAAAGCUGACUAAUCUCCAUCGCAGCUCCCUUCCAAAAGAUCAACCUGUCCAUACUCUCCCCCUACACAGCACCUCUUUGAAUUGGAAACAGCUGCUUCUGGGAGGGUAAAGCACCCAAGCAGACUCCGACUGCAGCCUGCUCAACACCGCCUGCCUGGCUCAGAGCUCACAGAGCUGCUGUCAAUGCCUUUCACUCCCAUCACCUACUGGGAACCAUCUCUACUCUGAGGGCUUUAAAGGUGCAGUUGUCUCUGUCUUGCAGUUUCCUUCCUCCCUUUUUGCUCUUUGGAGCACAGAGGGGUGGGAGAUGGUGUAAGGCUCCAUCUGCCUGGAGGUGGUGAGGGAUAAGGGAGGAAGGGGAAGAAUUAUACCUGGCUUGAAGUGUGGUUUAUGUAGUUGAAUUCAACUUCAGCUGGGGAGACACCUCCUGAAACACACCUACCCUUGGCUCUGGGUGGUGUGUUUGGGGGUUUGCCUGGGGGAGAACCGUAGAAGAAAGUCCCAUUGACAUAAAGGAGGGAUACUGUGAAGAGGGGGAAGCCUCCCUCCUGCCCCACACCUCUUACCUUUUCUUUGCUUUGCAUCCCACAAGCUGCUCCCAGUCACUUAUUCCCUGGCUGAAUUUCACCCUUCAGGGAAGGAACACUCAAGCUCAACAGAGCAGCUCCUGGGAUGAUGCCACACAAGUGUAUCAUAUGUCCCAAGCCAUCGAUCCCUUAGGCAGAUUUCCUUGGUGAGGGGCAGGAGGAUGAAAUCUGCUGUAUGUUCCCAUUUGGGGAAGUUGCUGAUAGUGGCAUCUGGCAGACCACUGUAAUACUGCAGCAGGAGGUAGUGGUGCUCCACCAGUGAGAGGGGAGAGGUGCCCUCACCACACAGAGACUAACUGGGCCCUUGGGCUUGACCCCUUGAAGUCCUUGCAGUGUCCCCAUCUGCAACAGGGCCGAUUUGACUCCAGGCUACACUCUCAGUCUGCAGAUGUCACUGGUAACCAAGAGCAAGUGUGUUACCAAAUGCCACCUAAGUUCUGCUCCAGGGCAGCAGGGAUGGGAGGUGGAAGAGUGUUGCUCACCCUGUGACUUGGUGCCCCUGGAGCAGUGGCCUGGCUGUGAGCGGGCUGAGCUGCUUUGGGGAAUGCUUCCCCGAGGGGGCGAUUAUGCUCCAGUGGCAGCGAGCCCGGGCCUGGCACCAGCCGCUCCACCUCCACACACUGCUUCAGGGGCUACAGCCCAGCUCCUCUAAAUGACCAUGUUGCACUAAAUAGCCCACCCAAACUCUUAGUGCCCAGAAACCCAAACACCUGCAUUCAUCUGGGAGUCAUAUCCAUCCUCAGCCUGUCCCGUGAUGCUCAAAGUGUCAUGUGACAUCACACACACACACACACACACACAGAAACACACACACACACACACACUCACUCACUCACUCUCUCUCUCUCUCUCCAAGGUCCCCUGAAAUUCUUGAGAUGAGGAAAGCCACAAGUUCCAGCAUUAACUCUGCCUUUCCUGGCUUUGGCAGGUUAUUAGCCUAGGUUGUUAGAUAUUGGAUGCAUAGGCAAGUGAAGCAGUGUUUGUGCGGUAUUUUAUAAAUAUGCAUAUGUGUUAGCGUGUGUGUGUGUGUGUGUAUCAGUCCACAGGCAUGUUUUCAGCCAGGUAAACAAAACUGUGCCAGUGCUGCAGAGGAGUUUACAUAAUCAUCUUUGGCACUUCCAGCAUAUAGUUUUUAUAUAGGGACCUGGUCAAAAUAACAAUCAUGUUUUAGAGGGUGUUUUUCCCCUGUGUUGCCCAGCUCAGUGUAGUUUAUUAAAACCAAAGGAAUGUGAACAAUGUCCUUUCUCCCAUCCUUGCUCUUUGUUUACUUUCUGCCCUAUUUUUUGGACACUGAAGCCAACUUCCUUGGUUUUCAUUUCCUGUUUGAGGUCAUUUCACUUCCUGGCUGUUCUGUUAUGCUUAGGAGUUAAACAUCAGGGAAUAUUUAAGUACAAAAAACCCCAACCAUUUUAUGUUCUUGGACUUGUGAAGCAGUUUUGAUUCUGACCUUUAUUAAAUCCACAUUUUGGACCUGACUUAAAUUUCCUGUGUCCCUGUGCUAGGCACACUGGUGUUAGUCUCUCUCCAUACCCCUUGCUGGGCAGUGGUCCUGCCAUUUGCAGUGGCAAGAAGUUUCUGAUCUCCACAUUGUGUUUCUCUUGAUAGCAUGACAGUGGCUUAACCUACAUCUUUGCUUCUGAAGAGGAAACAGUAUUUGGUAUGUGUGUGCAUUUCCCCUCUUUGUCUCUUUUGUUCUCUUGAACACCAAGUUGACCCAGAUGUGUUGGAUUUUUCUCUGAAGGUAGCAGCUUCACAGAAAGAUCAGGCCUUGAUGUGUGUCUGCACUUUGCUGGGAUGUUCGUGGCAGUUAGCAAGGCCUGAAGAAGUCUCAUCUGUUCUUCCUUUGUCCUGACCCCCCUGCAAGGCAGGAGGGCAGUUUGUGCUGCAUGGGUCUCUGUUCACCACUCUCCCUGAGUGCACCUCUUUUCUUAUUCCAGUUCACAGCUUGCUUCUCAAUCCAUCUCUAACCCCAAAGCUAAAAGCUGCCUGUGCAUAACUAAGCAGUCAGCAAGCCUCUCAAGGAAGAUGCAGUUUCCUACCAAUUGAGACAGAAGACAGUCUUCUUCAUAACUGCCUCCCUGAGUCCAUAGACAGGAGGAGAUAGUAUAUGAGGGGCUUUCCUUCUUCAGUCACCCCUAGGCAGGCAAUGGGAAGCUCAUCAUGCUUUUGGCUGACCAGUAUCACACACAGGCUCUUGCUGCCGGUUCAUCGGGGGAGGAAAAGCUCUGGGCAGUAAAUUCUUCCGAAGCUGUCGUUUGCAGGCACUGUGUGUGCAGAGCAGGCAUGGCAAAUGUAGUAAAGGCAUAUUAAGGAACGCCAUAUGGGUCCUAAGGUUUUCCCAUAUUUUUCUUUCUGCUCUUCCCUUCUCUCACUGUGUGUCCUUGUGGUAAAUGGACUAAAGCUCUCUGUUUUUUCUGGAACUGCUAUGGCCUUGAGGGAUGGCCCUGAGAAGGGGAGAAAAGGAGUGAGGGGAACUCACAGUCUAGAUCGCUUUUCUUAGAGCCCAGCUAAUGGAGAGCUCAUGGACCAUAAAUACUCAAAGAGGGCAAACUAGCAGGUAGGGAUAGAGGAUUAAAUCUACUUGAAAACCAGGGCCCUAGACUUAUUAUCAGAUAUUUGGGAAUAUAUAAAUAUGCAGGACUCGAAGACCUCUAGGAAGUAUGUCUGUGUAAGAGUACUGAGCCUAUUUGGUUGAUUCAGGCGACCUGGCCCCAGGCUGCUUUUCUGUGCACUCUCCAUGCCAGAGUUGAAGAAACACAGUAUUCCCAGUCUAAGAACAAAGACACUUCCUCACAGCUCUGGUUGCAGGAUGGUAGGAUCUAGAUCAGACAAGGAAGCUGUUGGUACCUGACAGAUGCCCCAUCUUUCCUCCUCCCCCACUACAGGUACUUCAACCAGGUCAGGAUCCACCCCAGCCACUGGUGCAGCCCUUCUCCCACAGCCCCUUCAUGGUGAGAGGGCCAAAACUGAUAUUUGGCAGAAAUCUUACUAGAUACCAGAUAGGAGGGGGCAGGAGAAAGGUGGAAGGAGGGACUGAGGGUCACAGGUGGUAUGGAGGAAUGAAAGGGGCCAGUGCAAGGAAGAUCACCAAUUUUCUGGUGGUAGGAAGCAGGUGAGGUGAGACUGGUUGCAGGAGGAGGUAAGGGGACUGUGGCCAGAAGGAAGGGGAAAGAAGGAGUGGGGGAGCAAGAAAAGGAGGAGUGUGGAGGGGAAUUUAUUUCCUAGGACAGCCUCUGAAUUGUGGGAUUAAUGUGAUGGAAUUUGUCUUAUGGAAGAAUGUAGGGGGAAAAAAAGUAGAAGAAUGUAGGUUUUGGUGUAUGUUGUUCCACUCCUGGCUGAUAUCCUGCUUCCAUAGUAGUGACAAAUACUAGACGUUUCCAAGUAGCUAGAUCAGGAUGCCCAAUGGAUGGUCCGUGGGCCAGAUCAGCUCCCUGCUUAUGCCUCACCCUAGCUUUUGCCAUGUGCUAGAUUCUGUUCCUGUCGGGGGACUGGGAUGUGGCCUUCAAGCAGCUCUGGGCCCUGCCCCAGUGGGGGAUCUCUAUGCCCCAAGGCAGCCGAGAGGAGAACCCACAGGCACUUCCUUUCCUCCCUUUUUCCGUUGUUCAUUUAAUUAUCAUUUACUUAGUUUUCUUAGCUUUUUGUCGUGCCCCCAGAUCCAGCUCUCCAAAGCUCCUACUAAGACCUUUAUUAUGGCUGGGAGGGCAGAGAGGGUGACUCUGCUCCUGCAGCUCCCUUGGCUGUGAGAGAAGUGCACGUCUUCCAUCCCUUUUUCCAGUUGUGUUUUGUGUGUGGAAAAACUUAACCCACUUCUUUUCCUCUGGAUUCCCUUGUUGGCUCUUGUUCCUAUGGGUGGGUCAUUUCUGUGUCUCCAUUACGAAGUCAUUCUUGUUAAAAUACCAGGUUGAGUGUAAACGUGGAGAUGGAUGGAGGGAGCCACAGAGCUGCUGGGACAGGAUGCCGGGGCCCAUCUCUGCCUCUGUGUGAGCCUGAGAGUCCUUUGGAAACCCUAAGCCGUCACUGUGACCACAUAGUCCCAUGCACGGUGCUGGGCUCCAGAGAACACUUUUGUUCUUUAUCAUUUCAUUGUCUGUAAUUGGUUUCUUACUGAAUUUGUUUGCUUGGUUUGUUUUGCAGUGUGUUUCUGGGAAUAUUCUGCAUCUCUGUAUUUUAAUUACAGUAAAAUUUGAGGAUAAAAA